CAGCUGCUCCAGUCAGCCUCUCUCAGAAGGCCUGUCAGGCAGGGUAGUACCUGUGACUGGUGAGCAGUGUCCGGCAUGUACCAGGCUGUUGCAUUCUUGGCAAUGAUUGUGGGAACCCACACUGUCAGCUUGCGGAUCCAGGAGGACUGCAGUCACUUGCCCAACUGCUGCCCCAGCAAAGAGCAAGAACCCCCGGAGGAGUGGCUGAAGUGGAGCUCUGCAUCUGUGUCCCCCCCAGAGCCUCUGAGCCAUACUCACCACCCAGAAUCCUGCAGGGCCAGUAAGGAUGGCCCCCUCAACAGCAGAGCCAUCUCUCCUUGGAGCUAUGAGUUGGACAGGGACCUGAAUCGGGUCCCCCAGGACCUGUACCACGCUCGAUGCCUGUGCCCACACUGCGUCAGCCUACAGACAGGUUCCCACAUGGACCCGCUGGGCAACUCGGUCCCACUUUACCACAACCAGACGGUCUUCUACCGGCGGCCAUGCCAUGGCGAGGAAGGUUCCCAUCGCCGCUACUGCUUGGAGCGCAGGCUCUACCGAGUCUCCUUGGCUUGUGUGUGUGUGCGGCCCCGGGUCAUGGCUUAGUCAUGCUCACCACCUGCCUGAGACUGAUGCCCGGUUGGGAGAGUGGGCCAGGUGUACAUACAAUCACCUUGCCAAUGCGGGCCGGGUACCGGAAUGUUCAAGCCCUCCAAAGCCCUACCGGAAGCAGCAGGCUCCCGGGACAAGACGGAGGACUUGGGGAGAAACUCUGACUUUUGCACUUUUUGGAAGCACUUUUGGGAAGGAGCAGGUUCAGCUUGUGCUGCUAGAGGAUGCUGUUGUGGCAUUUCUACUCAGGAACGAACUCCAAAGGCCUGCUGACCCUGGAAGCCAUACUCCUGGCUCCUUUCCCCUGAAUCCCCCACUCCCGGCACAGGCACUUUCUCCACCUCUCCCCUUUUGCCUUUUGUUGUGUUUGUUUGUGAAUGCCAACUCUGCGUGCAGCCAGGUGUAAUUACUUUGAAGCGGAUGGUUCGGAGGUGAAAGCUGUUAUGGAAAGUGAAGAGAUUUAUCCAAAUAAACAUCUGUGUUUAAA